CGUUCCAAACUCCGGCCGGAGUCCGCACGGAAGCACCGUGCGAUCACACCGAAUCCAGUUGAGCAAGAGCUUUCGCACAGCGUACUACUACUACACUGCUACAUGCCCUUCGAGCUUCGUGAACGCGAGACCUUCCAAGACUCUGCAUUCGCCCUCGUGUGUUUGUUUUCGUUUAAACUUCUUCAACCUCUUGUGAGUGUUGCGCGUCCCUUUCCAUCCAUAGGAAGGGCUCAGUUUGAUUGCAUCCACUGAUCCGUUUCGAACUUUCACUAAAUCGUCCGCGAAUCGCCAAAGAGAAAAAACAACAACAGAAGGGCCCCUUCUCACCGCAGACCACUUGAAGUCAAGAUUAAAUCUGUAAGUUGGCAAGAUCAAAAACUGUCGCUUACGAUAUAAAUGUUGCUUCCUGUAGAACAAAAGAUCAGAAGGAGGGCGAACGGCCCGAUGAUGACGAUGGAUGUGUCCAAAACAGAGGCCGCGAAGCCGAACGCGAGCGGCGGGCCUCAAGAGUGCGCCGGCUGCUGCAAACCCAUCACCGACCGCUACCUUCUUAAGGCACUCGACUUAUUUUGGCACGAGGAUUGCUUAAAAUGCGGCUGCUGCGACUGUCGAUUGGGCGAGGUAGGCUCCACCCUCUACACGAAGGCCAAUCUGAUCCUCUGCAAACGCGAUUAUCUUCGGCUCUUCGGCAACAUAGGAUAUUGUGCAGCCUGCACCAAGAUCAUUCCCGCCUUCGAGAUGGUCAUGAGGGCACGCAGCAAUGUCUACCAUCUGGAGUGCUUCGCGUGCCAGCAAUGCAAUCACAGAUUUUGCGUCGGAGACAGGUUCUAUCUAUGCGAAAACAAGAUCCUCUGCGAGUACGAUUACGAGGAGAGGUUAGUGUUCGCUAACAUGGCAUACAAUCCGCCCCCACUAUCUCACCUCAAGAGGCAAACAGCCAUACCACCGCCAUCGACGCUACCCAAUCAAAUGAUGAAUGGUCACCGUCCGCCGGCGCCCGCAUCAAACGGUGAUUUAAACAACAACAUGUCCGGUUCCGGUCAGCAACCGCCGAACUCCAUGGCCAACCAACAGUUUCCUCAAUCGGGUCAUCUGAAGAACAGUGCCAUGUCUCUGGGUGCGACCAGCUGAAGACACUGAACGAGCACAAAAGUGCGGCUGUGAAUGUUUGUUGUGCGCGUACGGAGGAGAAAUGUAUAUAGUUUUUGCUCAAUGUUUGGACUGGAGAGAGAGAGAUGACGUGGUGCAAUAUUGCUAGGAAUGUGCGUGCGAUCAAAGGACAAUCGAGAUGGAUUUUAGAUCAAGCCAAAAAGAAUAAAAAUUAAAUAAUUGAAGAGGAAGUAAAUUCAUUAUGAAAUAAU